UUAACUGAUAUGUUUCCAAGGCCAAUAUAUUGACACCCUGAGUUUGACAUAUACUUUUCCAUUCAAGGACGAAAUAUUUUUACUCAUGCUUCCCCAAAGUACCUGAUGUCCCAGUGUGUCUGGAUAUGUGACAAAAGUAAUCUUUUAACUGCAGUGUUAUGAAUGGAUUUGCGUGUACCCUGCACCAAAGAGCAAGAUCUCGUCAUAAGUGUGUGCUAGUUCUUGCCAUGUCAAAAUAUUGAAAUAUCAAUCUAAAUAUAACAGCGUGUUGCCAAAAAACAGCGUUUACCACCUUUCGGUGUCUGCGGUCUCUCCCUCAGCCUCUGCGUUUGUGUGGUGCGCAUACAGGUAAUAAGCUGCUCCGCCACUGCGCAACGAUGGAGCUAUCACAACGAUGGAGAUGACGCAAACAGACUCAGCUCUCCGAAAAAGUGUUUCAAGACGAACAUGGCGGCAACUUAACCGAGGUCCAAGAUGACAGUGGCCACCGGGAGAACCGAUUCGAGGCUUUCCGAGAAACCCAUCUACCUGCGUCGAGGGGGCUGCUGGCUCUCCUUUAAGUGAAUCUGCGGAUCGAGCGGUGGCAGACGCGCAGCAUCAGCACCGAGAGGCUCGCAACAGCUGGUCUCCCUUGCGCGCCCCCCUGACAAGCGAACAAGCCCGGAGAGGGGACGUCAGGGAAGAGGUGAGGGUAUGCGGUCAAAAAGGACGCCGUUUCCCCCCGGAGAGCCAUGGAGAACCGGGAUGCGGCAGCGCGAAGCUUAAUCUGUGCGGGCACGCUAAUUGGUUCGGAAUAGCACCGACUUGCUGCGGGGCGCGAUAGCAGGAGCGCCCUGGACCGGCGGAGGCUCGAAACCCCCCCUCCUACCGCUGCAGAGGAGAACCAACCGGAGCCCGUCGCCCGACAAGUCAAUGAGUAUUGUGGCAGAGGAGCCCCCGCGGUGGAGUCGGCCCAGGGCAGCACUCUCCUAAAAUAUGACCAGGGGUGUUUGGAUGCGUCGGCAGCAUAACGAAUGCUUAAAAUACUGGUCUGCACCCCGAGAGAACGAGAAGCCAUUCACGGAGCCGGAGCGGGCCCAGAGAUGGCGACAGUCGCUGGCCUCUCUGCUCUUCAUCACCGUCCUGCUCUCUGAUCACCUGUGGUUCUGCGCCGAGGCCAAGCUGACGCGGACCCGCGACAAGCGGUCGGACGAGGGGCACGCUAUCUCGGACGCGGGCGAGAAGAAGCCAAACUCCCCCCAACCACAACACGUCCCAAAAUCACCCGACCCCCGCCGCCUCGCCAGAGAGCAAGAUGUUAUUUUUAUAGGGAAUUCUACCAAACCUCUGUGGCGGAUGGACACCUGUCACCCGGACAGCUUGUCCAGAGACUGCUUCACUUUCACGGACGCUCUGACAGUGUGCCUGGGCCUCUCUGGCGAAGAAGAAGAGGGAACACAGUCGGCGUACGUGAAUUUGAGCGAUUUGUACCUUUCUUUUUGUAAUUCCUACUCACUUUUGGAUUUGUUUUACGGGUUUACGAGUCCGGACGUUUUGAAUUGCUCCCUGGAUACGGCCAUGGGGGUGGAUCUGCUCGGGUGCGCGGAGUGUGUCCGGGCUUAUCAGCGUCUGGAUCGGCAGGCGGAGGAGAACUACAGGGAGUUUGAGCUGCUGGUUCAGAAGUACGAGACGGACGCGUACUCAGUCAGGACGUGCAUGGAUGAGUGCAAGAUGGUUUAUAAGCCCUGGCUGUGUUCUCAGUACUUCCAGACCACCCAGAUACACUGCAGCAAUCGAAUCCCCUGUGGCCAGUACUGCCUGGAGGUUCAACAGCGUUGCCCCUUUGUCCUCCCUGACAAUGAUGAUCUCAUUCAUGGAGGCAGCCCAAGUUUUGUAUGCACAGGGUUGCUGGAAGUAUACCCAUCAGGUGUUGACCCAAAUGCAGAGUGCUGUGAUGUGCGGUGGGAUUCAAAAGUGGACAACCGUUCCAGAGGGACCCUAAAAAGAACUCACCCGCCAUGCCAGCAUCGUACCUCCCUCAGCUCCUCGGCAGCCUGCAGACUGUGUAACAGCCGGCUCAAACUCUGCCUGCUGGUCCUGGUCCUCCUACACACUGUUGCCAGCCUCACUGCAUCCCACAAUGCAACAGGACUGGGCCUCCCCACCUUCACGCCUCUGGAGGAGAGCCCCGCCAACGAGGAGUGAUGGAGCAGCUGAGAGGAUAUGAGGUCGCAGAAGGUGGGGGUGGGGGAUUCCCUCACCAUGGCAACCAGCUUGGAAAAAUACGACGACGGUUGAUGCGAACAGCUGGAGCUGUGUGCCUGUAGACAUACUGCAACACUUUAUGACAAACAAAAACACAUGGGAUGCUUUGAGAUGAGAGACGCUUAAAUCAAUCAAAACAUAAACUAAAGAAACAAUCUCCCACAAACUAAGGGAUUCAAGCUGUCCCUUUGGUAGAAAAAAGGGACAAUGCCACAACCUUUGUUGAGCGGGAAGGUCAGCUUCCUCGUGGCUGAGUUUCUCUACGCUUUUUUACACUGUGUUCCAAUUAUUGGUUUCUGUUGCACUGGCUGACUAUGGAAUAACAUAAUCAUAUUCUUUCUCUAAUGUUCAUUAUUCGUCUCUUUCGUGGUUUCCUCAUUCAGGAACAAAAUGAUUCCUCUAAGUAAGACAGAAAAUGUGAAAAAACAAAUUAGCAGCAAGUAUGUGUGUGUGAGAGAGAGGAAGAGAGUGAGAGAGUGAAUGAGCGGAUGUUGCUAUGCCAAAACGUCUACUUAAAAGGCUAAUGGUUUCAUGGAGAGCCCCUCAGAUUUUCUCUGCUCCUCCAUGGGGGUUUGGUCAUAUUCCUGUUAGGAUUUCUUUGGGUUUUAAUGUGGUUCUGACUUCCAUUAAAAUGUAUUUGUUUGACUAAGGCUUACAGGCCUUCUUCUAACUUAGUUUUGCGAGACAAUAUUCACCAGAUAACACAAUUUAGUAUCAAAAUACUAUUUUGUGUUCCAUUAAAAGCAAACACUGGGCUCAGGAAAGUUUUCUUAUACUAUUUAAAAUGUUUCCUUAACUAACCGUUGAUUUUCUUAUGCUGACUUUAAAGACACUUAAUUUUCUCUAAACCUAAAUGAGGAAAGUGAAAUUUGACAUUCCCUUAUGGUGAAAUCUCAAAUGUUACUUUGCAAUUAUAAUCAGUUAAGUUUUUUUAUUCAAAAUUCAGACACCUUUAUUUUUCUGUAUCUAUUAUCUAUUUUAUUUUUCAAAUGUGAGGUGGUGAACAAAAUAGUUUAAUUUUGGUACACUUUAUUUAACCCUCACACUACCCAAUUUUGACCCCACAGGUUUUUUACAAGUUUUACUCAUAAAAAAAACGUGUGCGUGGUUCAGCGGGGUCUCACUGACCGCACAUGAGCUUUUACAAGCUUUUUUUGUGUGUGUGUAUGUGGUUUUAAUAAUUAACUGUCUUACAGGACAACCCUUGACCCCCUUUUUCCCGUUGUCUGAAGACUACAUUUGCAGCGCUCCUCCUGAGCAUCGCACUACACCUAAGACUGUGAUAGGGUUAAAUUAUGAAUACACACAGUGAGCCCCCCUCCCCCCAAAGAAAUAAAAUAGAAAUACUUGCUCUGAACAGUGAAUGUUCAGAAACAAAAAAAAUAAAUAAAAUGUAUUUAGGUCAGGCUUAGUUACCCCAUUUCAUCUACCCUAAAACUUAGCACCAUUGACGAUUUUUAUAUUGGCAGUUGCCCAGGGUGGCAUUAUGAAGGGACACAUCUAUAUAAUAAAAUAUAAAAAUAUUGAUUUUUUAGCUUUCUAUUGAUUUGUGGAUGUGUGGUCAAGGGGGAGUUGGCACCACUAUUCAACAGUCGCCUCCUGCUCAAUGCACUGCAUUUUCUUCCACCUCAAGAACACAAAAAGAAGAGUUCCUCCAUUUUAUAUGUUGAGGGGGGCGGUGCCCUGGGCAUAAAUUGCCCAGGGUUCUAUUUAUGCUUGAUCCGUCUCUGCCAAAAACACAAAGUACUAGACUUGAACAUCUUAGAGAUUUUAACCCCAAGCCCGAUUUCAUUCAAGGACAACAUGAUGGCUGGAUGUUAUAUUAAUCGCUUUGCACAACUAGCAACUAACACAACUAACUCUCAUUCAGGUUUGUUAAAUUAUAAUUUGGCUAUCUGCCAUGAUGUGUAGCCUUUGCUCAUCUCUAAACACAAAGGCAGUUUCAAUCAGUUUACCUCAGUUAAGCUAGAGCAUGGGGGCUCUGCAAGAAGAGGCCACUUGUAUUGUCAGAACCACAUUUAAUCCCAAAUCACAUCCAGUAGCAUGCCCACUGUUUGUAUUUCUUUACUUUAAGCAUCACAGAUUCCAUUAUGUAAAGGGCUUAUUAUGAAAUACCGAACAAACGUUGUCAUUCAUACAGUCAGACACAUUUAAAAGUCACUUGUUUUACUGUUUGCUUGCCAACAGAGGGGAUGACAAUGCCUCAUUCUUAUUUUCACGGAAAUUUAUUCAGCUUCAGUGCAAAAGGCCUUUUUUUACUGCAAUUGGAAAUCAGGAGCAGAAACAAACGCAGAGAAAGGAGCAUGUCACUGUUAAUGAACGCUCAAAGUCAGUUCAGUUUACUUAUUUAUUAAGCCUGGGAUGUGUGAGCUUAGAAAGAAAUGGUGUGACCUUAAGGGCUGACCUCUUUCCUUAGUUCUGUUUCUAUUGUGUGUCUCUUUGAUUAAAGUGGCUGGAAGAUCAGGUAUCUGCUAAAAGCAAGGAGAUGUUGCUGGAUACAUUUAUUUUCGCAUUCCAGUUUGUUUAUUAUAUGAAAUGUUCCGUCCAGAAUCUGAUGUCAUCAGGUUAUAACAUUACAUGGUGAAUUUACUUCCGUCUUUAUUCCAUCUAUGUCAAUAUAUAUUUAUAUACUGGCUUAUCUUUAGAUUUGCUGCUCAGACCUUGCACCAUAUUACUCUUCACUAUUCCUGUUUGCAUGAAAAGCUCCCCAUCCACCCAUCCUGGUUUAAGUUGUCUACAUUCAGUGACAAAAAUGCUGCUAUGCCAGGGGCCACAACUAGAUGAGAGAUAUAUUUAUUCUUUUAUAUUAUCGCUGCUGCUGGAGGCCUACAGUACGAGAACUGUUAGAUAUACAGGAAUCAAAGAUGGUUAAGCUCUGGGAGAUUUUUAUUUUUUUUUUACCCCUUAACUUGUGGGUAGAAGGGUGCUGCUGCUGCUAUGUCUGUACCUCUGUAUAUAUUUUAUUUAUUUAUUUAUUUUUCAGUUUAGGUUUUCAGUUAUUCAUUUGUUCUGAGCUAAUUGCAAACAUCUUCACAUUGGGGUUGCUAGAUAGAUAUUACUAAAAAAAGUUGUCUUCAGACUGCAGGGAUCUACAAUACUAUUAGAUUUUGCACCGCAGCCUUGCACUCGCAUAAAAUAUACAUUUCAAGCAUUACUUUUGACAGUAGUGUCAUACUCAAAUUUCUCUGUUUUUCUUUGCUAUCCCCAGUCUGAAAAAAAAUCUAAAAUCUUACAAAAUUAAGUAAAUAAGAUCGGAGGCCUGAGUGAAAGGAAAAUGAGCUUCAUCUAGUACCAAGGUUAACCCUGUUUUGAGUAACAUGCUGCAAAUUCACAUCCUAAUUUUCACAUCUGAAGAAAAGAUUCUCAAGAUUCUCACUUGUUUGUAGAAUCACUCAGUUAGAAAUGCAUUUGAUACAUCACACAAACUUUAUGUUGCCAACGUCUAAAGUACGAGUAGGAGAUCCAAUUUAAGUGACUUGCAAGAAUUGGGGGUUUUUGAUAUGGACAAUAUGACUUACCACACAGACUGUCAUUUUGACAGGGCAACAGAAACACAAAAAGUUGUAUAUGCAGCUCUGGAAAAAAAUGAUCAGUUUCUCUGAAUUUACUUUUUAUAGCAAGAUGUCUGAGUAAAAUGGACAUUGUUCUUUUAUUCUAUGAACUACUGACAACAUGUCUCUGAAAUUCCAAGCAAAAUUGUAGUAUUUAUUUAG